AUGUCUAAACCUGUUAAAAGAGAGGAAGCGUAUAUUGAUUCAGGAGAUCAUGAAUGUAUUGACGAAAAAUAUUGUCUUACGUGCGUUCGUAAAUUUUUUCAGGAACAAUCUUCGUAUUGGACAAGUGAUAAUUUAGAAAUUGAUAAGAUAAUUCGAGAAUCACAGAAAGGUGAACAGUACUUGCAUAAAACUCUUGAGUGGAUAUCAUUUGAACAAUUUUACGAUGUAAGAAGAAUAGAAGAAGGAGCAUUUGGCAUAGUGUAUUCUGCAUAUUGGAGGGACGGACCAUUGCAUAUUGAACAAAAAGACAGAUUUAGAAUCUUUUAUCGCGAAGGCCAUAUAAAAGUAAUAUUGAAAAAGCUUAAAAAGUCGCAAAAUAUUUCUGUGGAAUUCAUCAAUGAGGCAAGCAUACACCAUUGA